UCUGCUCUGCCCUGCCUUCUGCUCGCAUGUUAUGUUAGGGUAGUGUGAGCAAGCGAUAUGGGUUUUAGCUGGAAUUCUUUUACUUUGAAGACAAUUAUUCUCUGCCUGUCGAACUUAUUGCCCUAAAAGACACAAAAAUAUACCCCAAUCUUCUGCUCUCUCGUAGUUUAGAAUGUUGCCACAUUCCUUUCAAAAAUCUCGUUCAUCUGAAAAUUUGUGAUUGUGUUGUUUUGAAGACUAAUUGAGAAAAUGUCGGCUGCAUCGGGAGAUAAAACUGUCAACAAAGUGGCCCUUUGCUCUGCAAUAUUUGCUGGAUUUGCGUAUGUUGGUUACUCGGUCGUCCGUACUGCCUUCUGUCGGAAAUUAGGUCGUCGUGGAGAAUGUGAAGGCUAUGAGGGUGAACACCGAUUGUACUUUCGGAGACUUUCCCAAACUACCCAGACAGAUGUUUUGCUCGGGAACCUUGAUAUGGAUGCUGAAUCAGGUCGGAUCAUCUUGCGACCACUCACUGUUCAAGAAAGGAUACGGGACUUAAAUUGUAGGGCACGAAUGUUCACUGACACCAUGUUAGCCAUUCAAGCUGGUGUUCCAUCCCCAGGGCAGAGCCCAAAGACAGGCCCAAGAAGUCUUCAGUGCUCACCAUGGAGUUCACCUCGCAUUCUCAGCCCAGUGGAUGUCCGCACAUUUCUAGCAAGCCGUUCAACUGAAAAUCUCUCUGGUUUGGGAACUGGUGAAACUGGUGCGCUACGUUUGUCUGGAGGAGAUAUGGUCUUGGUAGCUGGUUCACCUAUGCAUCGCCGGUGGGUACGUCGAUCAGUUCGGCAUGGAACCCCUGUCAGCAGUAAAUCUCGUAGUCCUGAAACUCCACGGCAUAGGGACGAUGAAAUGAGGAGAGAGGCAGAACGGCUUCUGCGAGAUGAUGAAGAAGAACUAAGAAUGAGGUUAGACACUGUUCAACAUCGUGACAGAGUGAUGACUUCACAUGAAGCUAAAAGUCUUAUAGCUUUACUUCAUAGCAGUGAUGAUGCACUUCUUGAGAGAACUCUGACAACCAUAGCCAAUUGUAGCACAUUCACAGCAAAUCAGGAUAUGAUUCGAGAAGCCGGUGGUCUUUUUAGACUCCAAAAUCUUCUCCAACAUCCAAAGCAAAAUAUCCAACUGGCUGCCAUCAAAGCUCUUGCUAAUCUUGCUUUAAACCAAGAAAACCAGAAGGAGCUCAAGGAUGCCAUACCUAUGCUUCUUUCAUACAUUCUCAGAAGUGAUCUAGCAAACUCUGUUGCUAAUGGAGAUGCCACUGAUGGAGGGAAAUCACAAAAUAACAACCGGAGCAGCUUUGGUGGAAUGAGUGAGGCCUUACUGUUGGCAGCUUUAGUGGCACUUACAAAUGUAGCUGUGUUGACAGACUGGCACGAUGAGUUUUAUGUGGCUUUGCAUUCUCUAUACCGGCUCGUCGAUAAUGGCAACGCUGCAGUGAAAUUGCAAUCAUUACGAUUGCUCAUAAAUCUUUCUUGCAAUGAAGACAUGGUCCCUAGCCUGCUGGCUGCACAGGCACCGCGCAAACUGAUUUAUUUGCUUGACCCACACACACAAGAAGAUGUACUUCUUCGCGUUGUCACAUUAUUAGCAAACCUGACAACUGCUGCAAAACAGCAGCAGCUCGACCCAACAGUUGAUUUGCCUGCUGAGGACAAGGCAGCUUCCCCUGACACCAUGUAUGCAGCCAUCUUUGGUGUGAAUGUUCAUGAGAAAAUUGUGUCAAAGUCAUCUGUCCUUUCAUCUCAGCAUUCAAAUGAAGAUGUGCGAUUCCAGGCCACAAAGCUCUAUGAAGCUGUCAAAUCCUAGAGUAUGUCUUUUGUGGAACAGUUCUAGAAGCUGUAACUUGUGAUUGCAGUUGAAAAUUUUGAUGUAUCUUCUCAACUGUUGCAAACAUUCCGCCUUUCAAAGAAUCAGGAGGAUGGAAAAAAAAUCAAAUUUCUCACAAGAUUUCAAUUUUCUCCUCAUCUUGUGUUGCUCUCUCUAGUCAUGUUGGCAUUUGAAGUUAAUGGUUCUUUUUGUUGGGUAUUUUCAAAACUAUUUUUCUUUGAUUGUAGAAAAGCUACAAAUAAAAGAAAUUCCAAUUAAUAAUCAAUUUGCUUGGUUUUUGCAAUGAGUAUUGUAAAGUAGUAGUACAUAGAGAGUCAUUUCCAUGUUUUUCAUUUUCCAAGUACAAUAAUACAUUUACCCAGUCAACUCAGAUGUAAUUCUACAGAUGUUUUUAUUCAUUCUACGCCAUUCCUGUUUCAUAAAGAGUAGCACAAACCUACUUAGGAAAACAUACAUACCGAUUUGCAUUAUCCUGGAUGUUGUGUUUUCAUUCAGUAGUCAUAUUGGAGUUCAGCCCAAAGCAAGUUUCAAUUCAGAGACUUCCCAUAGUAAUUUUUGCUUUUUAUGUGCAAUUUUUGUGUGUGCCAUAUUUUGACGCAUCAUUGAUUCUUCAGAUUGCCUUUUGAGUGUACUGUAUGUAUAUGCCUAAGAGGUGGUGCCAUCUUUUGAUAUGUACAUAGUAAUUGAUAAUUUCUCCUUCCUGCCAUUGAAUUAAGCACAAUUGUACUUUUAUUUUGUUGUCUAACAGGGAAAAAGACUCACUACUAUGUGAAAAAUGAGGGGAAAAUUCAUAAAUCUUUUUUUUGUUUCAAAUUCUAGUGGAAUGUUUGGGCUGUGCCAGAUUUGAAAACUUGUGAUAGGAGAGGCAAUUUACAUGUAUGUGUUACCAAUAACUUUUGAUUGCUAUGUUGUAAUGACAAGUAGUCACUUCAUCCAAAUUGUAUGAUCAUCUGGUAUUUGUAUUGCACAAUAUGUAUCUUUUACUGCAUUUAUUUCAAACAUACUGCAUUGUUGCUGCAUUUCUUUAUAGCAAUGUGGAUCUCUACUGUGGUUCAUGUACCAAAGGAGAACUUUUAUCAGAGUAUUUUACAGGAGCUUUAGGUAGAUUUAGCCUUGAAAAUCUUGAAAACAAAGCUGUACUUUCAUUUGCUUGGUUUUAUUGGUAUACAUUUUCUGAGACCUCUAAAGCAAUUAAUUUGUUUCUAAGCUAGUGAAUAAAUGUACAGUCUUACAAGGCUAAACCUACCUUUUGUUUAUGCCAUAUGGACUUAUAGUGUAUUUAUUAUGUGUUGAGAAGUAUUAAUUUUACUUAUGUCAGUCAUCUAUGUGGUAAAUUUGUUAGACAGGAUUGCUCAACCAUAUUUCAUCUUCACAUCCUUGUGUUUGGUUCAAUUUUCAUUAACUGCUACACAAAUCUCUGCAUCAGGAAAUGGUACAGAAAUGUUAAGUGUAGAUUUACUUUUAAAUGGUGUAUUCAGUGAUGCCUAAGAGUAUUUAGAUUUUUAGUUUAAAUUUUCCCUAUAAAUGGUGUUUGAUCAAUGGUAGAUGUUCCAUCAAACCCUGUUCAGGCAUUUAACACUUUACUGCUAUUGAUGACAAAGCUUAUUAAAUGUCUCCGUUCUAUUUAGAAAAGAUUUGAAUAAAAUAGGAUUUAUUGCCAUAUUUUUUCUAGUACAGAUAUAACAUUCGAUUCUAAUUUAUGCUUUAUAAGCAUAUUGAUUAGCAGUGUUUCUCAAUGUGCAAUUGUCAACCAAUGUGAAUGUGUAUAAUUUUAUAUAUUAAAGCAGAGUUGGUUCAAAUGCGGCAACUUUUGUAGAACCAACAAAAAUUUCCAGUCAAUAUUUUUGCUGUCACUGGCCUCAUGUUUGGGGAUGUACUAUUUUCAUCUAGUCAUCACUGUUAAUGUUUCCUGUACUGUAAGAGGAAGAAAGAGAUUUAUGGAAUGUUACUACAAGAGUGAACUCUCAGCUCAGAUUAUUUGUAUUAUCUGAAAUAAUUAUUUUGUGUCUAAGUUAUUGGCAGUCAGUGUCUGUGCUGGGAGCAGAAUCUUUAAUUUUUUAUUGUAUGUUUGAAUCUCUGAUGAGAAGUACCUUAAGGUAUCAUACUUAUUUUCUGUUGAUGUCUUUUGGUUAAGGUAGCAAUAUUAAAAUAAAUAAACAAAGGGUAAAAAAUGUAUAGAAAAUUCAGCCGCACUCCUAGCCUUUUGAAGUGUAGCAAAGUUUUAUUACCAUUGAUGGUUCUCUCAAAACAAAAGUUGAAAAUAUUUAAAGUACAUGAUACAAAACAAAGCCUAAUAAUACAAAGAAAUCUCAGAAAUCACAGAAAACUUUAACUACUUGCUCACAAAAGUGAUAUGAGUAGUAUUUGAUACUACAUAUAACUAAUGGAUUACAAGUAUCAACUGCAAACCUAUCUCUAAUAAAUAUUGGUAAAAAGC